UGUGUGUGUGUGUGUGUGUGUGUGUGUGUGUGUGUGUGUGUGUGUUACUACGUUAGGAAAGAUGCGUCGUUUGUGAUUUAAUAACAGUUCGCUAUAGUUAUUGAUCCCGGAAGUUUGAAUCUGUGAAUUCAUCUUUCCACCUUUACCGAAGUAUCUUUAUUAAUAUGUGACUCGUGUUAAUAAAGAUACUUCAGGGCGUUUCCUGUUUAAAGUUUACUUUCACUUUCACACAGCUUGUGUCGCAGUUGGUUUCCUCCGUCUGGAGCUCCAGCCAGAGAAUGUGGAAUAAGAGGAGAAGCGGCUCUCUGUAGACAGGCUCUGCUCCAGCUGAAGAUUUUAGUACGACCUCAGCGUGGCUGGUCGUCAUAGCGACGCUGCAGUAAACUGCCGCGACCCGUUCUCUUAAUACGUCCAGCAUGACCUAACGCGACACACACACAGAACGUGGAAGUUUCAUCAGAGGAAAGAGUGUUUGCUCGACCAGUAAGAUGAGCCAAGCAGGAGGGACUUGUAGUGAGUGUUGGAGGACGAGAGGCCCCUGGAGAACCCUGGAGAACCCUGGAGAACCCUGGAGAACCCUGGAGAACCCUGGAGGCCCCUGGAGAACCCUGGAGGCCCCUGGAGAACCCUGGAGAACCCUGGAGGCCCCUGGAGAACCCUGGAGGCCCCUGGAGAACCGUGGAGAACCCUGGAGGCCCUGGAGAACCGUGGAGGCCCCUGGAGAACCCUGGAGGCCCCUGGAGAACCGUGGAGGCCCCUGGAGAACCAUGGAGGCCCCUGGAGAACCCUGGAGAACCCUGGAGGCCCCUGGCGAACCCUGGAGGCCCCUGGAGAACCCUGGAGGCCCCUGGAGAACCCUGGACAACCGUGGAGAACCCUGGAGGCCCCGGGAGAACCCUGGAGGUCAACAGAUGAGCAUAAGCACACACGGGGAAACAAGUGCUAAGGGUUGGAGGAGAUCUCAACACUUCAGGAGGACCAGGAGACCUGGAGAUGGCUUCAACACCAAGAAGAAGAAGGAGCAAAGAAGUCCCUCCUGA